AUGCAGAAAAGUCAAACUCAAUUCAUUUCAUUUCCUUUCACCAACUCUACUAAAAGUACACACAAUGGUUUCUUAUCCACAUUCACACUUGACCAUAGUUAUUUUAGAAUUCCAUAUCUAAUCCAUAAUACAUCGGCAAGAGAAUGUGUGAAUGGGACAGAUAUAAAAUUAAAAACUACAAAUCUCACUGAUAACUAUAUCAUAUCACCAAAUUUUCCCGAAGACGCACCAAGGAAUGUCUGGUGUGGUUUUAAACUUACUGCUCCCGUCAAAAGAAAAGUUUGUAUAGAGGUAGAGUUAGCUGUUAUUGGUGCCAGAAAGCGAUGUAAAUUUAACACCUUAAAAAUAUUUGAUGGUGCCAAUCAAAAAUCCAUUCUUUUAGUAAACCUGUGUCGCAGAGCUUCUACAGAUACUUAUUGCAGUUCUAAAAGAAGUUUGUAUGUCCAGUUUUCUACGGAUCAAGAUAUUACUCUUAAAGACAGCUUUAAAAUCAGAUACUAUCUUAAAAAGCAGAAACAUACCGGUGAAGAUAAAAGCAAUAAUGCUCUGAUAUUUAUAAUUGUUGGGAUGGUCCUGUUACUGGUAUGUGUCAUGGCCACCAUGUUGUACAUUAUAAGAAAGAAUCGUGUGAAUUACUGUGUACAAAAACCAGAAGAAUCAAAUAGCCAACAGUCGUCUCUAGUCGAACAUGAUCAACCAUUGAUGACCUCAGGAGAAAGAGACGAUGCCAGGGAAACUGCUCUUGUUGUGACAGAUCCAGUUGAUUCUGAUAGGGUUGAACCACCCACUUAUAAUGAGGUUCUUGAACAAGAUAGGUUACGUUCUAGUAUUCAUAUUGCACAGGAAAUAGCUUAA